GGCAAGGACAAAGAGGACCGAGACGUGUCGCCACCUCCCUUCCGAAGGCCAACGGAUCCCGCCCGCUCUCAACUCCGCCUGCAUAAAACGCGCCCAUCCCCGUUCCGGAUGGUUCCAAGAAUCUCAAAUUGUCGGCAGAAAAACCACCAUUCGUUUCUUUUCACGGGGGGAUAAAGAGGUCGAGUGGGCGCUCGGGUGGCGAAGGAAGGGAGGCGGCGGAAUCGGGGGAGGGGAUCAUGAGGAAAACGGGGUCGGACGGGGGAUCGGCGGCUGGGGAGGAGGAGGCGGGAAGGGAGGUGGAGUGGGAGAUGAGGCCCGGGGGAAUGCUGGUCCAGAAGCGGCGGGUGGAUCCCGGGGCGGCGGCGGCGUCGGAGGUGCGGGUUCGGAUCUCGUAUGGCGCCGCCAAGUACGAGGUCUCCGUCAGCUCCCUCGCCACCUUCGGGGAGGUGAAGAAGCUUCUGACGGCGGAGACGGGGUUGCAGCCGGGGGAGCAGAGGCUGAUGUACAGAGGGAAAGAGAGGAGAGACGGUGAAUACCUGGAUCUUUGUGGGGUGAAGAACCUGUCGAAGGUGGUGUUGGUCCAGGAUCCGACGAGCCUCGAGAGGAGGUACGUGGAGAUGAGGAGGAUUGCUGGGAUCCAGAGCGCCCAACGUGCCAUCUCGGACGUAUCUUUCGAGGUCGACAAGUUGGCCGACCAGGUUACUGCCAUAGAGAAAUCUAUAUCUAAUGGGAAUAAGGUAGCAGAAGUACAGAUCACAACAUUGAUAGAAUUGCUUAUGAGACAAGCAGUCAAACUAGAUUGUAUCCCUAUGGAAGGAGAUGCUUCUUCUCAAAAAAAAUCUACAGAGAUUGUCCUGUUAUUAUACGGAAAAAAGAAAGUUGCAUAUUCAAGUGACAAGAAAGCUAAUUGCCAGUGAUUACUCAUGACUCCCUGGCUUUUCUUCUUUUGUUACAUAAAGGCCAAGAGGGUGCAAAAGUGUGUUGAAACUUUAGAUGUUCUCAAGAUCUCAAAUGCCAGAUUAAAUCCUGUAGUUGUUACAACAAAGUGGGAAGUAUUUGAUCCCCCAACAACGACAAAAUGGGAAUUUUUUGACUGAACAUUCUCUGCAGUUUUGCCCUGCUCAUCUUUCAUUCAUUUAAUGUACCUUAUAGCUGAUAGGCCAUGAACAAGCUAAGUGUAUUCAUACAUUCUAUCAAUUGAUCUGCUUGAUAAAAGUACACUCUCUGCCAUUCAUGGUUUACCAUUCUAUUUUCUAGCGAUGAUAUUUGUAUCAGCCAUGUCAGAACUUAUAAUUUACAAAAAUCAUUUUGCCUA